AUGCUUGAUGUGCCACACACCCGGCCUCUCAUCUUGGCCUCUCGCGCUUCAUUAUCUGAGCUUCAGCCUGCUGUUAGUCAGACAGCAGGGCCAUGGCCGAAAAUUAACCACGGCCACGAGCCGACGAUCAGGAGGGAUAGCCACACCAGGGAGAUCGACCUCACCAACAGGGACCCCAAGCAAAUCAACGAGGAUGUGCUCAAGGUCCACUUUGAAGAUGUGAUCGCAGAGCCUGCUGCCACACACAGUCUGGAUGGGGUGUGGAAAGCCAGCUACACCACCUUCACAGUGUCAAAGAACUGGUGUUAUUUGGGCCUGACUGCCAUCUUUGGCAUCCCUUUGUCACUGCUUUGGGGCUUGCUGUUUGCCUGUCUGUCCUUCUGGCACAUCUGGGCUGUUGUGCCCGCCACCAGGAGCUGUCUGAUUGAGUUCCAGUGUCUGAGGCAACCCUACCUGCUUGUCAUACGCGCCUUUGUUCACCCGCUCUUCGAGGCAGUGGGGAAGAUGUACAGCGGUGUGAGGGUGGUUCUGCGCAAGGAGGUGUAGGUGCUGCACAGCUGCUUUAUUCAGGCAUAAAGACCAGUUCCUGGACAUUUCACUGACUUUUUGAGGAUCCAUGAAACAUCAGGCAAAGCAAACAAACAAAAGGUGCUCAUUUUGGUGUG